CAGAAGUCUCUCGCCUCUCAGCUGUGGUGGUCGACGCUCAGUUCAAGAGUGUUAUUUAGAGGCCUAAUAAGUGGAAUUCUAGUGGAUCAUAGCUAAUAGAGAUGAAUGGAUGAGGAGGAGAGGAAUUACUGCUGCCUAAUACUACUGCUUUCCAGGUUAGGCCUGGUAAAGUUACGUCAGUUUUUUAUAAACAAAUGGGAUGCUUUGGGUGGAUUUGAUCCAUGGACUGACUGCAAUCAGAAUGGCAUUGACUUGUUGACAAAGUUCACACCAAAGUCUUAUGAAAAAGAUAAAGUCAAGUCAGGUGACUCAACAACAUGGGAUUUAUCUAUUUUCAUCAAAGCUCUUUUGUACUCCAAGCCCCCAUUUGUACCAAAAUCCAAUAAAGCUUUAUCUGAUGGCUUAAAGUGUUUGAUUGAAACAAGAAACACCCUUUGCCACACUGGCAGUGGGAAGAUUGAAUCAGCAGAGUUUGCCAUUCUGUAUGCUGAUGCCUGCAAUGCAUUGUUGUUAGUUGGUGCUUUGCCAAGUGACUUCAAGAAAGUUGAGAGAGAUGUGCAACAGCCGUGGAGUGAAGUGUUAUGUCUAGUAAAACAUUGUGCAUCACAAGAURCAGACAUCCUAAAUGGAAUUGGUGCAAUAAACAAUAAACUUGAUCAACUGGAGAAAAAAAUGGACAAAGUACUUGAGGGAAUUGACAACCUACAGAGACCUGAUUCAAAAUCUUCAGACUUGUCAAGUGAAGAUGUGGAAUUGUAUUCUGUCAAACUCAAGGAAGCAAUAACAAAGCAAACAGAUUUGCUGCCAAAAGGACCAGAYCAAUCAAGACUGAAAACUGACGAUAUUUUCACAAAUCUGACCAUUUAUCACGGGAGAAAAGAAUGUCUACAGCAAACAGCAGAAGAAGACGAACGUAAAACGGCAACUGACGAUAUUUUCACCAAUUUAACUGUCUACCARGGCAAGCAGAAGUCACAAGAAAAAGCUCAAAAAAGUCAACGCGCUCGAAAGACAGUGACGAAAAUCGCUGAGAUUUUUGUUGGCGAAAAUGAACAAGGCGAUCCAAAAUCAAUUUUGGUUUCUGGCGAACCAGGUAUUGGAAAGACUCUGUUCUUGCAGAAAAUCAUCAGAGACUGGUCAACAGAUUGCUUAKCRAUCACUAAUAUCAAGUUCAUUUUCUUGAUAACGUUCAGGCAGCUUGUUCUUCUUAGCAAAAAAGAACUCGCUCUCCAAGAACUUCUCAGUCGCUCCCMUCUACUGAACGAAAGAACCAAGAUGGACGAAAAACUAAUGGAAUAUAUCAUUCAGCAUCCCGACCAAUUAUUCGUUGCUCUCGAUGGAUUUGAUGAAUACAAAGAUCACAGCAAAUUAAUCGGAGACUUUGAAAGCCAAUUUACAAAUGAUGUUGAAACCAAAAUGCCGGUAGUUGCCCUGGUCAGCAAACUAAUCCAAAAAAAGAUCUUGCGCGAUUCAGUCAUCRUGAUAACUUCAAGRCCGGGCGAAGCCGACGAGUUGGACAAAAAACUCCACUUUGACAGAUGUGUGGAAAUUACAGGUUUCUCGGAAACUCAAAUAAUUCAAUAUGUUGAGAAGUAUUUUAACUCUAAACCAGAAGAAGUAAAAAAGAUGGCAGUCGAAAUAGUCAAAGGAAGCGCACAUUUCAUGUCAUUUGGUCGCGUCCCUYUGAKGUGUUUCCUGAUGUGCGCGGUCAUCGAGUAUGAAAUCCAAAAUAACAUUACUAGAGAUAAGUCAGUUCCUCUAAAACUUACACAGUUUUAUUGUGAAGUUAUUAGAUGUCUUGUUAAAAAUAACAAAGAAUUAAGUAGUUUAGAUAAUCAAUCUGCUUUGUCCGCUGUUGAGAAAACUCUCGAUAAUUUUUCUGAAUUAGCCGCACAGUUAGCUGAGCAAAAUCGUUUUACUUUCACUCAAAAAGACUUAGAAAAGCUAAAAUUACCUGAAAAUGAAAUAUCUUACCUUAAAUCAAGUAGUUUAAUAGUUUGUUAUCCUGUUGCCAGUGAUUCUCCAUUCCCACAAACAACUCUU